AUGCCUCUCUCUAAUCCUCCACCUCUCAGUCACAUGGCCUGUUGGCCUCUGCACUGCUUGAGCAAGAGUUACAAAGCUCUUUUAGCACCUGUAGUUUUAGUUGUUCUAGAAGCAGCGGCCAGAGGGGACCCGGCAGCUAAGAGCGGGGAGCGGGGGCCGAUAUCCUUAGCGCCCCCUCCCUGGGAGGUCGAACCGAGUAGUGGGGUCUGCAUCGUGGUAGAGUACUGUGAACCCUGUGGCUUCGAGGCGACCUACCUGGAGCUGGCGAGUGCAGUGAAGGAACAGUAUCCUGGCAUCAAGAUUGAGUUGCUCCUGGGGGAAACAGGGGCCUUUGAGAUGGAGAUCAAUGGACAGCUGAUAUUUUCCAAGCUAGAGAAUGGGGUCUUUCCUUAUGAGAAAGAUCUCAUGGAUGCUAUCCGAAUAGCCAGUAAUGGAGAGCCUUUAGAAAAGAUCACCAACAGUCGUCCUCCCUGCGUCAUCCUGUGA